AUGCAUGCCAAGUGUGUGAUUCAGAACAACGAUGAGGCUGGGAUACGGCCCAAUAAGACUUACCUCGCACUGGCGAACGAGGUUGGUGGCUCGUCGAACUUAAGUUACUCAGAAAAGGAUGUGAGGAACUUCAUUACGAGCAAUUUGCGCUGUGCUGACGGAAACGUGGAUGUCAAGGAAAUGAUUAGCUAUUUCAUGCGAAUGAAAUAUAUCAACCUGAAUUUUUUUUAUGCAGUUGAUGUAGACGAAGCUAACCAGUUUAAAAGUGCGCUCUGGGUAGAUGCAAGAUGCAGAACUUCCUAUGAAUAUUAUGGUGAUGUGGUAUCAUUUGAUACAACGUACACUAGAAACAAGCACGGACUUCCAUUUGCAUCUUUUGUUGGCGUUAACCAUCAUGGCAAGUCCACUCUGCUCGGAUGUGCUUUGAUGGGAAAUGAGAAAAUUCGUUGCUUCGAGUGGGUCUUUAAGCAAUGGCUGAGGUGCAUGGGAUCUUCCCUACAGGCCAUCAUCACAGACCAGUGCAAAUCCAUGUUUGGUGCUAUCAAGAAUGUCCUUCCAGAUACUCGCCACCGAUGGUGCAUAUGGCACAUAAUGAAGAAGAUACCGCAUAAGCUCAGAAUAUAUGCUCGGUAUAAAGAAAUAGAUGAUAGAAUGCAUGGCACUGUUUGGAAUGUCAGGUCUGUGGAAUCUUUUGAGAAGGAUUGGUCUGUAUUCAUUAAUGAGUUUAACUUGGAGCGAAAUAUAUGGCUUUCAGACCUUUAUGACGAACGUCAAAUGUGGGUUCCAAUCUAUUUUCAAGGUGAAUUUUGGGCAGGUAUGAGAAGUACUCAACGGAGUGAGAGCAUGCACGCCUUUUAUGGUGGUUACUUGCAUUGCAAGAGUGGAUUGGUUCAGUUCGUGCAUCAGUAUGACAGCGUGCUUGGGAACAAGGAGCAGAAGGAACUGGAAGAUGAUGCUGUAGACUCUAAAGGAGUUGUUCCUUGUUCAUCGAGUACUACAAUUGAAAGACAAUUUCAGCAGCAAUACAUGUUAUAUGGGGAACCUAGGUCUUGGAACAAUAUUGUCAAGUUUGACCCGUCGACACAUAAGAUUCGGUGCGAGUGCAACAUGUUUGCAUCGAGAGGUAUUCUUUGUUGUCACUGUCUUGCUGUUUACUUUUAUUACGAAGUAGACAGAGUACCAUCUUGCUAUGUUCUCCCUCGAUGGAGCAAGAAUGUACAGCGGAAACACACUUUCAUUAAGAGUAGCCAUGACGAGAAACGAUCGGAUGAAAGCCACAACUUAUUUAAAAGAAUGUGUACGCACUUCUUUAAUGUGGCACAGAAAUUCAUGACAUGCGAAGAAGAGGCGGCUGUGUUACAUUCGGGUCUUGAUGAGUUAAGGGCCAAGUUGGUUGAUUAUCGUGUGAACUUGGGGUCCAGAAGUGUUCCCAAUACAGAUAACAACAUGUUGACACAGUUUGACCCAGCUUGUAUUGCAUCUGACAUUCAAGGUCCCUCUAAGGUCGCAACAAAGGGUCAACCGAGACUGAAGAGGCUUGGAUCUGAACUGGACGCAUCCAUUAAGAGAUCUAUGCGAAGAAAGAAGAAUAAUCCACCUCAGGUAAAUAAUGGAGCAAUCAAUCCAAACAUAGUGGCGGUUCCUGCUCUGAGCAUGAACGAAUCACAUGGAAAUGACGAGUUCUUGUCUUUGUUACACUCAUUUCGACAUAGUUAG